AGAUUCUCAGAAGUUCAGCUUUUCUCUCUUCUCUCUUCUUUCGUUCUAUCUGUCUAAAAUGAUGGAUACGAUCGACAUUGACAAGCUCGCGACGCUGUUUGCGCUGCUGUUCGGGUCGCUCGUGUCCUGCGCUGUGCCAUGGUUUGUGGUGCGGUCGUCGAUCAAGAGCGCGGCGUUCGUGCUCUCUGCAAUGAACACUCUGGCUGGCGGCAUUAUUGUCGGCGCUGCGCUGUCGCACAUGCUACCGACCUCCGAAGACUCGAUCGACGACUACUUUGUCGACAGCGCGACGGGAGUGACGACCAACACAUAUCCCUAUGCGGGACUGAUUGCAGGCGGAUCGCUCAUGAUUCUGAUUGUGAUUGACAAGACGGCCUUGUCGCGGUACGACAAGCACGGAAACCAAGUCGGACACAGCCACUCUGCUCCAGAUGUACCUGGCGAAAACGGGCACGAGGAAGGCUCGUCCGGCGAUUCCGACGAUUCCGACGACGACGACGAGGAGGAAGGCGCGGCAGGCGGCUCCGGUACUGUCCGACACCGUCGCCGAGCAAACCACCACCAUCACACCCAUCACCACCACAACAUUUACCAUUCGAACGAGGAAGUUCUUCCGUACGACCCCAUCCUGACCCGCGCGACGGCGAACGGCAGCAUUGUCUCAACCGUCAUUAGGAAGGUCGGUCGGGUGCGGCGACACUCCAUCAGCAGCACGAGCCAAGCAGUCAACUUGCUCGAAGAGUCGACCAUCAGCUGCAGCGUGACGUGCGAUCCAAACCCCGAUUGCAGCACUCCGAACAUGACGCAACGUCUCAGCUCGUCGCAGCUCGCCAGCUCUGACAGCACAUCAGUUCCAGCGAACGGCGCCGCGCACGCAGCUGUGCAAGUGCCCAGCCAGCCGCUUCUCGGCGCUGCCAGUUCCGGUGAUGCACAGCGAACGUCGUACGGCAGUGUUGCCGACCCCAGAUCUCCCGACCAGACACCGCUUUUGCGAAACAAGCAAGACUCGAAGCUUGCCAAGAAGCACAUGUCGCCUCUGGAAAUUCGUGCCUAUCUGUUCACCAUUGCUUUGUCGGUGCACUCGCUGUUUGAGGGCCUGGGCAUGGGCGCGGAAACAACCGAGUCUGGUCUGCUUUCGCUCAUUGUCGCCGUCGUUGCACACAAGGCCAUCGAGGCCUUCUCGUUGGGCGUGAGUGUCUACUUUGCCAAAAUGAACCGCACGCGCUCGUUGUGCAUUUUGAUCGGAUACUCGCUCGUCACCCCAGUCGGCAUUGCCGUUGGCAUGGGCGCCGCCCAGUCCGCUCAAGGGCCUGUGCGCGACCUGAUCGAGGGCAUUUUGACCGCAGUCGCCGCUGGUAGCUUCCUCUACAUUUCCCUGAUUGAACUCAUCCCGUCCGAGCUUCAAAGCAAUGCAGGCGUUCCGCCCCCGCCCCCGCGAAAAAGCAUUCAGCACGACUCGCCGCAACCCUGGUUGACCCGCAAGAAGGCGCUCUGGAUUAAGAUCUUGUGCCUGGUGUUUGGUUGGGGAAUCAUGGCGUUGAUUGCCGAAUGGGCAUAAGGCGUCUUUGGUUUUGAUUGAUUUUCAAUUUGGAGGAAUACACA